AACACUCAGGUAGAUUCCAGGUACAUUGUUUACAUGAAUGGACAAUCCCCAUAUCUACUGAUCAACUAAGCGUUGUUUGGACAUGAGGUCACCGGUGGAGAUACCGUGUUUACAAUAUUCAUUUAAAAAAAGUGAUAUUUGAAAUUGAGUUGAAAACUACAUUUAUUUUACCGUCUCCAGCGUCAGUACUAACGAGAUAGAUCUAAACAAGAGUAUGAAAAAGAUAAUUCAAAUGGAGAACUUCACAUCUUUAGCAGAGAUGUCUGACCCUAAUACUACUCAAUCCCCCCUUCCGAACGUAACAGAACCCACAGAACAUAUGGUAUCUGAUGAAGAUAUCUAUGGCUUCUGGAAUGGCUUUAGUUUAGCCGUCAUCUCCAACGCAUUCAUUGGCAGCAGCUUCAUCUUCAAGAAACGGGGAUUAAUACGAAUCGCUAAACGGAGAGGAACAAGAGCCGAUCAGGGUGGAUAUGGAUAUCUAAAAGAGUGGCUGUGGUGGCUUGGAAUGUUCCUGAUGAUUUUCGGAGAAAUACUCAAUUUUGUUGCCUACGCAUUUGCCCCAGCAACAUUGGUUACACCACUGGGCGCUCUGAGUGUUAUUGUGGCAGCUGUUAUGUCCUCAAUUUUUCUGAAAGAAAGACUGAAUAUAAUAGGUAAAGUGAGCUGUGGAUUGUGUGUGAUUGGAUCAACAGUCAUGGUUAUGCAUUCUCCAAAAGAGACCAAAGUUCACACAAUGGAUCAAAUGUUAGAAAAAGUUCAAGAGCCAGGUUUCAUCGUAUUUUGUCUGCUACUUUUGGUUAUAUCAAUGGUGUUCAUGAUAUAUCUAGCACCUCGAUACGGAAGUAAAUCUGUAAUGGUUUACGUCACUAUCUGCGCAACUCUCGGCGCUUUUACUGUGAUGGGUUGUAAAGGAAUGGGUGUAGCUGUUACACAGACAAUAAAAGGGGACCAGCAAUUCACGAACUGGUUUACUUAUUUGAUGCUUGCUAUAGUUAUCACAUGUAUAUUAGUACAGUUGAAUUUCCUUAAUCGUGCGUUAGAUAUAUUCAAUACCGCGGUAGUGACUCCAAUUUAUUACGUAUUGUUUACGUCAUGUGUAGUCUCUUUAUCAGCUGUAUUGUUCAAAGACUUUUUCUACAUGGACUGGAAGGAUAUACUAUCUUUCUUUUUAGGUUUUAUAACUGUAGUGGGAGGAAUCUUCCUACUCAAUGCAUUUAAAUACAUGAACAUAUCCAUGAAAAAUCUGCCCAAAGCCCACAAAAAGGACACAGAGAAGCAGGAUGAAAACGCCAACAUGUCCGUCAAUGGUGAUAUCAUGUGUCACACCGACGACGAGGAAGAUGUCGACGCUUACCAAAGACUUGCAAAUAGUCAUAGUGUGGCCAGCAUGGACCAUAUUGAAUUUGAAAUUGAUACAAAUUUAAAAAGUUGAUAAAGAUUCUACUGUAUGAGAAAAAUUAUGACUAAUCGAGCUGUCCUUCUAACUUAUUAUUCUGAUGAGAUAAAAAAGGAUCUUGAGUGAAUUAGAAAAAGUAUGACCAGUCGAGCUGUCCUUCUAACUUAUUAUUCUGAAGAGAUAAAUAAGGAUCCUGAGUGAAUUAGAAAAAGUAUGACCAGUCGAGCUGUCCUUCUAACUUAUAAUUCUGAAGAGAUAAAUAAGGAUCCUGAGUGAAUUAGAAAAAGUAUGACCAGUCGAGCUGUCCUUUUAAUCCGCGACAUCAAUGCCAUGUCAGGCAAAGAAAAGGAAAAUGGUAUUAUUUGCUUAAUGAUAUAUCUGAUUAAAUCGUUCCGAAUGCACAAUUGAACGCUGGUUAAUUUUUUUCCGAAACAAAACCAAAGGGAAAAAGAUCUGAAUUAAGCUUGAAUAAAAUGAUCUCAAUUAAGUCAACUUAUCAGGGAAACAUAAACGUUUAGUGUACCUCUGUUUUGCUGAAAUAACAGAAUGCAGCAUACUAGAGAAAAGAAUAUUGCAAUACAUGUUUUUAAUUUCAGGGAAUGAAAUCUGAAACCAUUUUCGUAGUCUAUCUUUCACAGUAUAGUAUUAGUCUCAUCAACUAAGAGACUUUACAGCCGAUUCCAUUGAGUGUGAAGACAAAGGUAAUAUGUUUGGUUAGCUUGCUUGCUGGCUGAACCGUUAAGUCAUUAUUAGGUUAGGUAAACAACCCUCCUUUAAGAGUAGACUAGUCCGACAGAUCACUAAUUUAUCAGUAUGUAGGACAAGGCUACUUCGAAAGGAGGGUAAUAUACCUUACCUUCACAGUUCAGCUAGCAAGGGAGCUUACCAAAGUUAUUACCUUUGCCUACACAUUCAAUUAAAUCAGCUGUAAAUUGCUACAAGACAAUCAUGUUACUUUAUUAUAUUUUACAUAUAUAUAGGAACCGUAAUGUUUAUUUUUUAUUAUUUUUUAUUCGUUUAUUUGUUUUUGUUGUACUUGUAUUAUAUUGUUGUAAAUCCAUUGUCCAAAAUGCUAACCUGUUUAUGUGUUGAACUAAAACAGUAACUCUUACCUCAGGUCUUUAUGUAAGAAAAUGUGUUGUUAAUUUUGAUUUUAUCACCUAACUACAACAAAAAUAAUUUUACAUUACCUGAAUAUGGCCAAGCCAAAUAUACUUAUUCGGACAUAUUCAUCUAAAUCUGUAAAUCAUUUAAGCUUAAAAAGGUCAACAGUACUUAAACAUAUAAGGAGUCCUAAAUAUGAUGUUUACUUCUUUUAUUAUUUAAUCUUGAUUAGUUAUGCGAUUUUUAUCAAAUGAUAAGAUAAGUAUUAACUUCAUCCUCACAUUCGGACAUUAUAUUUGGCGACACUUUUUUGGUUGAGUUUGUAAUGUAAUUACUUUAGUGUCAUGAUCACUAACAGACCGAUACCGUUACCGUAGAAAUUCACGAUGUCCUUAGCUGACUAAAAACAAAUCUUUUAAAUAUAUUUUCAUAUAGUGUUUUUUUCAAAGGUUAGAAUGUGAAUUGAAUAUUUUUUUAAUAUAUAAUAACCGAAACUUGCAAACAUAUGAUUUUUUUUUAUAAAUAUUUUAUUACAUGGCAUGCCGUUAUCUUGUUGACUGCAUUUAUGCAGAAUUAAGAUUAUUUCAAUUUGAAAGCCAAAUGUUUUUUUUUAUUUUUGUUGUCAAAGCCUAGAUACAUUUAACAGAGAAAUAUUACAUCAUACCGUUUUAAGCAUUAUUAUUUGUUUAUUUUUAUUGGUAAUCACUUUUAUGGUUUGAAGAGUAAUGAUAUCAUAAUAUAUGCUGAGAGAUUUGUAAAAACAAGAGUUUAAAUCUGAAAUAUAUGUUAGAAUCUCGAAUUUCCUGUCAUUAAUAACAUGAAUAAAAGGAAAUGCAUAUACAUGCAGUUAGGAGGGAAAAUCGUCGAAUUAAUGUGAAAAAAAGUUGUAGAGUCGAUCAAUACGUAGAUAUACUGCAUCUGGUGUGGUGAGUGGGGGAUUUUUUUUCGGAUUGCCGAUUCAAUUUCAUCUGUAACUAAUACUACGCAUGCUUAUAUCUUUCCGUGACUUUGUAGCAAGAAAAUUUAUUAACACUUUUGUACACGAUUAACUCCUGUAUUAUAAGUUUAAAAAUAAUAAUUCCCGUUUUAUUAUUGUCUUUAUAAAGGUUAUUAAUUUUCGGCAUUUACCAGGUCAAAAUAUUCAUUUUCAAAACCUCCACCCCCUCCGCCCGAAAAUCAAAUGGUGGUCCUCUAAAUCAUAUUCCCUUUGAAAAAUAUAAAAUAUAAUAUAUAACAAAUAAUUUGUCAAAUAUAUUUUGCUGAAAUUUCUUUUUCAGCUUAAAAGGGAUUUAAGAUUUAACAGUUUAUGAGUAUUGUUUGAAACUUUUUUGAAAACCAAUGUAUAUUUAUAAUGUGAAUUCCAUCAGAAAUUUAAUUUCUUUCAAUUUUAUUGUGAUAUUAGUAUAUACAAUUAAAAGGGUAAUUAAUUUUA